UCUUCAGGUAAUAUCCACAAAAAAAUAUAAUGAUACAAUAUUUUAAAAAAAAAAGAAUCUUUCUCUCUCUAGACGUGAAAGUUCCCUCCUUUAUCUAUCUUUCUCACUCCCUACCCCCCUUGUACGUAUGUACGUAUAUAUAAUCACAUAUCUGGAGAUACACAAGGUGUUCUCGUGUCUGACGUGGGCUUUUAUCUCCCUUAGCUUUACUCAGUUUCAAACGUAGAAGCAGGAGUCUUGGUUCUGUAUUAUUUUAUCCACUUGGGAAGAAAAAAAAAGAACAUUUUUUUUAGAGUUUAUGGAUGACGAAAGUUAAAGCCUUUAGGCUUUAGUUCUGUUGGUUUCAAUCUCAAAAUGGCUAUUAGUACUAUGCUGGGGUCCAUCUCUUGUUGCCCCUCUCCCAAGGGCUAUGAGGUAGUUAAACAACACAGUGGUCGAUUGAAGCAAUGUGUUUUCACGGUGAGAGCGUGUGUGCCUGUGUAUUCUGAAGGCGUAAGGAGCUAUGGGAACAAGUUGCAUUCUUCUUUUGGUGGUAGAGGUUUAGUUGAAAGAAGGGUUUUUCUGGAUACUUCUAGACGGUUGUAUUUCCGAGGUAGAUGGACUGAGUUCUCAGGGAGGAGAGUGGAGACUUACGCAGGGGUGGAUGUAGCAAGUGCUGUUGAUGUCAUCAACGAUCUUGGAUUCGAUACUUUGACAUUCUUGAUGGUCACUGUUAUCAUUGUCCCUGCCUUCAGAGUCCUCAAAGCCAGUCCGAUUCUUGGUUUCUUCUUUGCUGGUGUUGUGCUCAAUCAAUUUGGUUUCAUUAGAAAUCUCACAGAUGUUAAAGUUCUUUCAGAAUGGGGGAUUCUUUUCCUGCUCUUUGAGAUGGGACUAGAGCUUUCACUUGCACGUCUUAAAGCUCUUGCAAAAUUUGCUUUUGGCAUGGGAUUAGCUCAGGUUUUGUUAUGCACGCUUGCUUUCACCGCUUUUGAGCUCCCACCAAAUGGAGCCAUAGGGACAAGGAUUCUUGAAUUCCUGUUUCAUUCAAGGCCUGACUUGGUCAACAUCAGGAGCAUUGAUGAGGCUAUUGUCAUUGGCGCUGCUCUAUCAUUGUCUUCUUCAGCUUUUGUUCUACAGCUUCUAGCAGAGAAGGGUGAGCUACCUACAAGAUUUGGCUCAGCAACCUUGGGGAUUCUUCUUCUACAGGAUAUAGCCGUUGUACCAUUACUAGUUGUUCUUCCUGUGUUGGAGAGCCAGAAUCUUGUUGGGGAAAGUAUCUUGCCAAUGCUUGCAAAAGAAAGUGCAAAAGCUCUUGGUGGGUUGGGCAUUCUCUCCCUUGGUGGAAAGUUCCUUCUCCGGAGAAUCUUCGAGGUUGUUGCAGAAACAAGAAGCUCGGAAGCUUUUGUGGCCCUUUGCCUUCUCACAGUUGCUGGGACUUCACUUCUCACUCAAAAGCUUGGUUUCAGCGACACGCUUGGAGCUUUUCUUGCUGGAGCACUUUUAGCAGAAACAAAUUUCAGGACACAAAUAGAAGCUGAUAUUAGGCCAUUCAGAGGUUUGCUUCUUGGUCUGUUCUUUGUAACCACAGGAACUUCCAUUGACAUGGAGGUUCUGUUUAGAGAAUGGCCUAAUGUCCUCACACUCUUGGCUGGUCUGAUUGUGAUCAAAACACUGAUUAUAACCGCACUCGGUCCCAGAGUUGGACUCACACUCCAAGAAAGCGUAAGAAUCGGUUUCCUUCUCUCUCAGGGAGGUGAAUUUGCAUUCGUUGUCUUCUCUCUAGCUAACAGGCUAGGAGUGCUUCCACUUGAGCUGAACAAGCUUCUCAUUAUCGUAGUUGUUUUGUCAAUGGCGUUAACACCUACGCUUAACCAACUUGGAAGAAGGGCAGCCGAUUUUAUAGAUGAGAAAAUUGGUAAAGAAGAGAAUGUAGAUGAAGAAGUGAACUUCGACGUUAGUGAAUCAAUUGUCAUCAUUGGAUUUGGACAAAUGGGUCAGGUGCUGGCGAACUUCUUGUCAACGCCAUUGGUCUCAGGAGUAGAUAGUGAUCUCGUGGGAUGGCCUUAUAUUGGUUUUGAUCUGAAUCCUGCUGUAGUAAAGGAAUCAAGGAAACAAGGUUUCCCGAUACUGUAUGGAGAUGGAUCUAGGCCAUCGGUUUUGCAGUCUGCAGGUGUUUCAUCUCCUAAAGCAAUCAUGAUAAUGUAUAAAGGCAAGAAGAGAACCACUGAAGCUGUGGAGAGACUCCGUCUUGCCUUCCCUGCGACUAAAAUAUAUUCAAGAGCUCAAGAUUUACCUCAUCUUCUUGAACUAAAGAAAGCAGGAGCCACAGAUGCAAUUCUUGAAAAUGCAGAGACGAGUUUACAGCUUGGUUCGAAGAUGUUGAGAGGGUUUGGGGUAAUGUCUGAUGAUGUGAGCUUUCUGAGUAGAGUGUUUAGAGAUUCAAUGGAGAUUCAAGCUCAAGAUGAAAUCACUGCUGCUGAAACCAAUGCUGCUGCUGCUGCUGCUUCUGCUUCUGCUUCUGCUUCACAAGUUCCCCCGCUCAUGAAACCGAUGCGAAUGAAGGCUUCUGAUACUGCAGAUCUCCAGCUCGUUAAGCCAGUGCAAGUAGAAGCUUCUGAUUCAAAGGCAGACUCUGCAGAAACCAAUGCUGCUGCUGCUGCUGCUUCACAAGUUCCGCCGCUCAUGAAGCCGAUGCGAAUGAAGGCUUCUGAUACUGCAGAUCUCCAGCUCGUUAAGCCAGCGCAAGUAGAAGCUUCUGAUUCAGAGGUAGACUCUGCAGAAGUUCUUGAAGAAACAGAUGAUGGUUUGAGUCAGCCUGAGACUGAUAAUGGGCUUGUUGGUAAAGCUGGGAAAGCUCCAGAAUAAACAAAAAAAAAAAAAGAUUGAUACUCCCACAUUCUUAACAAUUUUUUUUAUGAAAUGUGCAGUGAAUAUUUCAAACCAAAUUUCCAGAAAAAAAUUGCUAUUA